GACCUGACGAGCGUGCAGAACCUGCAGAAGAAGCACGCGCUGCUGGAGGCGGACGUGAGCUCGCACGCCGAGCGCAUCGACGCCAUCCGCACGCAGGCCGAGCAGUUCAUCGAGCGCGACCACUUCGACGCAGACAACAUCAAGGCCAAGCGGGAUGCUCUGGUGGCCCGAUACGCCGCGCUGGACAAACCGAUGGCGAUCCGCAAGCGACGCUUGCUGGAUUCACUGCAGGCGCAGCAGCUGUUCCGCGAUCUGGACGACGAAGCCGCCUGGAUCCGCGAGAAAGAGCCUAUCAUCGCCUCCACCAAUAGAGGCCGUGACCUGAUCGGCGUGCAGAACCUGAUGAAGAAGCACCAGGCCGUGAUGGGUGAGAUGGCGCAGCACGAGGCGCGCGUGGAGGCGGUGCGGGCGGCCGGCGCGGCGCUGCGGGACGCCGGACACUUCGCCGCCGACGACAUCGCCACGCGUCUGCAGCAACUGCACAACCAGUGGACGCAGCUGCAGGAGGGCGUGCAGCGCAAACAAGACCUGGAAGACUCGCUGCAAGCUCAGCAAUACUUCGCGGACGCCAACGAGGCCGAAUCAUGGAUGCGCGAGAAGGAACCCAUGGCGAACACACAAGACUACGGCAAGGACGAGGACUCCUCCGAAGCUCUGCUCAAGAAGCACGAGGCGCUGCUGUCUGAUCUGGAGGCGUUCGGAAACACCAUCAAGUCGCUCAGGGAGCAGGCUAACGCUUGCAGGCAACAAGAAUCUCCAGUGGUGGACGUGUCAGGCAAGGAGUGCGUGGUCGCUCUGUACGAUUACGCUGAGAAGUCGCCGCGCGAGGUGUCUAUGAAGAGAGGUGACGUCCUCACUCUCCUCAACUCUAACAACAAGGUAUGUUUUGCACACAAUAGAUGCCAUUGAUGUUUUGUUAGAUUC